AAUAAAAAUAAAAAUAUAAAGCCAACUACUUCUUGUUCGAUCUCGAGACGAUGAUGAUGAUGAUGAUGAUGAAGAUGAAGCAGCGGGUCUUUCUAAGUGUAACCCAAAAGCACAACCAAAUCAACAACUUAUGCAUUUGCCGACUUUACAACUCAUGCUCCGAUUUUUCUCUUGCCAUAAGAAAUUCAAAUUCGCCACGCCAGGCCUUACAUCUUUUCAUCCAAAUGCAGCGCCAAUCGAUUCCAGUGGAUAGCUUUGCUGCACUCUUCACUAUCAAGUCUUGCUCCUUUUUGCACAGCCUAUCAGCCACUCGUCACCUCCAUGCACAUGUUCUCAAGCUGGGUUUUGCAUCCCAUGUCUAUGUUGCAACCUCUCUCCUCUAUUCUUACGCACUCACUUCUCUGGUUGACGCGCGUUCCCUGUUCGAUGAAAUGUCUUGCAGAAAUGUGGUUACUGGGAACACAAUGAUCACGGCGUACUCCAAGUUCGGACAACUCGGGAGUGCGCGACAGGUGUUUGAAGAAAUGCAUACAAGGGAUGUUGCCUCCUGGUCCGCUCUGAUCUCCACUUAUAUUAAUCUCGGACAUUGGAGUGAAGGAGUAUCAACAUUCCGGGAAAUGUUAGUGAAUGAUGAGCAAAACCUACAACCUGAUCAGAUGAUUCUGGUCUCCGUUUUGGCAGGGUGUUCCAAUUUGGGUGCACUUGGAUUGAAUCUUGGCAGAUCAGUUCAUGGAUUUAUUGUGAGGAAGAAUUGGGAAUGGGAUGUUGAGUGCGGUACGGUUCUAGUUCAGUUAUAUGUCAAGAAUGGAUUUCUGCAGGAUGCUAGAAAGGUGUUUGAUUUGAUGAAAGAUAGGAAUGUGAUAGCAUGGACUGUACUGAUUUGUGGGUUUGCAAAUAAUGGGCAUGGGAAAGAAGCAUUGUCAUUGUUUGAGAUGAUGAGGGAAACUGGGAUUAGGCCCACUGAAUUAACUUUCACAGGUGUUCUCAGUGCCUGCAAGCAUACAGGAGGAGGAUUAUUGAAGGAGGGUCACCAAUAUUUGAGAAUGAUGGAAAAUAUUUACGAUUUAGAACCAACGAUUGAACACUAUGGGUGCUUGGUGGAUAUGUUGGGGAAGGCCGGGCAGCUAAUUGAGGCAUAUGAGGUUAUCAAAGGAAUGAGGGUUGAACCGAAUAUCAUUGUGUAUAGUUCAUUUUUGUCAGCUUGCAGAGAGCACAAGAACUUUAGAAUGGGUGAAAAAGUGAUUAAUAGGGUUUUAGAUAUGUUGAAAAGUGGAGAAAAUGGAGGAAUUUACUCUCUUAUAUGUGACUUGUAUGUUCUUGGUGGUAAGUGGGAUGAGGCAGAGAGAGUAAGAAAACUGAUGAUGAGGAAGAGAACCGGCUCCAGUUACAUAUAUAAAUAAAUAGCAAGCAGAACUCGAACAAGUCUGUCUAUUGCACAUUUGCACCUACAACUUAAUUAGAAGCGGUCCUGAUCCUGAUCCUGAUCCUGAUCCUGAUCCUGAUCCUG